AUGGCUAGAUACUAUAGCUCACCCUUCCAAGAAUACAUCCAACACUUCACCUUGCCUCUCCACUUCGUCUUCUUCCUAAGCGUCAUCCUCUUCUUCAUGAUCUUCAAUUGGUACAUAAACUAUGAGUACAUCUUCCUAGACUUGAUGGAUCAAAUCAAGAUAAGCUUCAUGGUGUUUCCGGUGCUCCUCCUCCUCCUCGUCCACUGGCUAGGGGAGGAUCGCGACCGCUUCCCCUUCGCCAUGGACUUGACGCCCGAGAAGGAUUCCCUCCACCGCGUCGGAGGCUCCCCUCUCGGGGUCUCCGUCGUGCUCGUGUUGCUCAUGUUCAUGGUCUAUCACCACUCCUCCUUACAAGAGAAGUGGUUCCCGGUGUUUGCUCGUCGAUAA